UGUUCGCAGUCUUAGUGUCGGGCUUUUGUUUAAAUAGUUGAUCACAUGCUUUAUCAAAUUGACAAUGUGAUGCCCCUGACUUGUUUGAUUUUAUGCAAAAGUAGCUUACUAAUUCAUUCUACCUUACAGAAAAGAGAGUUUGUUUUCCUUCUUUGCUAACUGACUAAUUCUUCAAUUAAGAGGUUUCAUGCUAUUUAAUAUAAUGUGAUUUUUGUUGCUCUGUAUUUCAAUAAAUGACAUUUAACAAAUGAUUCAAUAUAUUUGAAAUUGAAUUUUGGUUUACUUAUUUUAUUCCCCCAAAAGAAUGUAUUUAUAGGGUUUUCAUUAGGUUUAUCGCUCUCUUUUGUACGAGAACGUGCAUUUGACCUAUUUUUAAGUUGUCUAGAGAUGUGCUGCUAAAAUGUAUGAUUCUAUUGUAUUGAUUAUUUUUCCAGGCAUGCUCAAACGGGGAAAUAGGAUGCUGAAACAACAAAAUAAUGCCCAGCAUUUGCGAAGGCCGGUUAUUACUACAUUUCUCAUUUUAAUUUGUGUCCUAGUUUUGAUUUUAUAUAGAGAAACUGGAGAAAGAUCUGAUUCAUCAUCUGGUUUAUUGAUACAAAAUUGGAAUAGCUUUAGCUCUUCGGUUAAGUUAGACCCAACUGUGGAGUUCAGAAAUGGAACAGAUCUAAUAUGGCAAAUCCCAAACUCACCCAAGGCAAUUCUCUUUCUGGCACAUGGUUGUAAUGGUAAAGCAGCUAACUUUUGGGAUAGAUCACCUAUGUGCCCAAAUUGUGCGGGUCUACCUGAAGAAAGGCUAAUCGUCCUUAAUGCCUUAGCUAGGAGAUUUGCAGUUCUUGCGGUAACUAGUGCUGGGAGGUGCUGGUCGUUUGAAGAGGAAAGGUUGAUUGUUAAAGAUAUUAUUGAAUGGUGGAUUAUGAAACAAAAGCUUCUAAACCUGCCUCUUGUCGCGUUGGGUGCUUCAUCUGGUGGAUAUUUCGUUUCAUCCCUUGCAACUGAUUUAAGAUUUAGUAGCAUCGCAAUAAUGAUUGCCGAGGGAUUGUUUGGUCAAAUGGACAUUCCAAAGAAUUACUCCCCUACCCUUUUCGUGCACAUGCCCAAAGAUGAAAGGAGAAGGCGGAGAAUACAGAGAUACUUGACACUCCUGAAGGGAAAAGGCAUUGAUGUUGCAGAGGUCAAAUGCAUGGAGUUUGCAUUGUCAUCUAAUCUCUUAGCUGACAGGAUUCCGGGUCUUGAUCUAGCUACCUCAGAGAAGUUGUAUAGUCUGUUCCAGCAAAAGGGUUUCAUUGAUACGAAAGGUUUCAUGAGAAAUGAUGGGCGUGCUAUACAAUGGAAAGCAGCUCUCAAGGAGAGAGAAAUUAUUCUCCCAGACAAGUCCAUAGCGAAUCACAUUCAAGAGGAAAUGAAUCUUGCGUUUGCUUAUCAUGAAAUGACCAGCUUGCAGUCAGAACAAAUCUUUAACUGGUUUGAAACUCAUAUGAGCUGAUCAGAAUUCUUAUGCUGUGUAAUUUUCCUCUAGUCAGCAGGGGGAGACUAUCAGUGCCACGGCUUUGGAUUGGCUGACAACAGACCUCAGUACCGUUGUGUUGCUCAUGUUUUUUUACGAGGUCGAAGUUCAAGUUGGAAUAACUGUGGCCAUGUUGUGAUGGAAAAUAUUGUAUUAGCAUUCAAACUUCAUACAUGUGAAAAGGGCUGUCUACUGUUAUUUAUCUGAUUUUCCUUUUCUUAUGGGCAGAAAAGAGUGUAUAGUGCAAGACACUUAGGAACUAGGUCUACUUUCUUGUCCUUAGGAAUGAAACUUAAAGUGUAAGUUGCUGUAAGUUCUGAUCUCACCAUUAAAAGAAACACAAGCCUUUCUGUUCUUGAA